AUGGCCACCGAACGCUCGUUGGCUGCACUCUUGCGGUCGCUUCAGUCGACUUCCAACCCGCAAGAUGCUACUGCCCUCCUUCCGACAGCCACUAGCUUCCUGUCCCUGCUCGGCAACCCGUUGAACCUGAAUCUCCUUUCAUCGCAGCUGCUAAGAGCUCCCGCAUUAUGGAGCCAUCCGCUUGACCUACAGACCUGUCACAAGAUCCUCAGCGUCUUCAACACAGCCGCCAUCGCCGUCCUGCAGCACGAUACCACCGACGAGCCCCGGGUCCCGUAUGGCCGCAAUCGCCAGAUCGAUCGCGAAGCAUGGGUGAAGGCUGUGGUGGACGGGGCGGACGACAAAUCCCCGCGCUGGAGACACAUGCUCUUGAUUGGUGGCGUCCUGCUUGGUUUCGAGGGCCAGAAUAGACAGGGCCUCCCGCGACAUAUCCGGAGGAAGCUUGAAUCGGCUCUGGCCACGGCGGCGCAACUCUCGUUGGAGGAGAUUAAUACUGAGAAUGGAGUUGAUGGAUAUUGCAUUACCAUGGUGCUGAACUAUACCUUUGAGCUCCUAUCUGAUCUGGAGAGGAGCAAACUGGACUACGACCGGUUGCUGCCAGUCAUGGUUCGGUCGGCGUUCUUCUCUCCGGAGGGUUUGGAGGGCGGGUACUUCCUGGGGGCCAUUGAUAAGGACGUGGUCGAAGCACCUGGGAAACAGUUCCGGUGGUCGGCCAGUUCCCCGACAUUUGGUUACGUGUCUGCCAUAUCCUCGCGCCCUCUUGUCGCAGCGUUUGGGCCUCUAUCCCGACUCAUUUCGCACGCCAUCGAGAAUACCCGUGACCCGAAACUCGUUGCACAGACUGUGGAUUACCUGGCCGACUUUACUCGCACGCUCAUGGUGCAGUGGCGCCAGAACAAACUCUCAGAAGUGGAUAUCGCGGAGGAGAUGGACUUCUUGGAUGCCGAAUCACGCGAGACUACAAUUCCUGCUUUAUGGAAAGUUCUGCGGAACUGCCUAUAUUCGAUUGUUAUCACCCUUCGCGCGGUCCUAGGCCGCACCAUUAAUGACCCGGCCUUGGCUGCUGGCAGUAGCGCGCCAUUCCUGUCGAUGCAGGCCCUUCAUAUUCUCCGCAAUAUGUAUUUUAUAUCAUCUCGGCUCGGCCAGAACGCGUCCUCGCAGCAGACGUUUGUGUUUCUGGCCGCCAUCGACCUCCUCUCACAGUACCCGGACCUCGCCGAAAACUUUUUGCGAAGUAUCAAGCCCAGCGAUAUUGGACAGAUACCCGCGCAUCCAGUUGAACGGUGUCUAGACCUGUUCUUUAUGAAUGCUGCCGAACAUUUCCCAAUUGUCUUGUCGCCAGAGUCCAGUGAGGAGCUGCUACUGUCAGCCGCCUUCCCCUACCUUGCAUCCGCAGCGAACCCUCUUCUUCUGGAUAUCUUCGAGGCUGCUCAUAGUGUGGUUCUUGUUGUCUUUGCCAUCCCUGGUAACUCGGCAUUGGCUGCCAAGCACUUGCCUUUCUAUAUUGACAACCUCUUUGCCGUAUUCCCUCAGAACCUAUCCGCACGACAAUUCCGUCUCGCCUUCAAAACCGUCAUUCAAGUCACUGCACCACCCUCGCCUUUAGCAAACAGCCAGCCCCUUCUCCCUUCCAUUCUCCUAGAUGUCGUUCGCGACCGCGCGAUGAACGCAUCGUCAACACCUUUGCCGCCCUCAUCCCAGUCGAGCACCACGCCUGAUCUAGGAAACACACCGACUCUUUCCGAGCAAGCAGUCCUCAUCCUGGCACUACUCGACUCUCUUUCUUUCUUGUGCGUCGAAGACCUGGAAGAGUGGCUUCCUCUGGCGGCACAACUCAUCAAUCAAGUCGCCGAUCGAGGGAUGCGCCAUGUCUGCGUGGAUCGUUUCUGGGAAGCUCUGAGCAGCGGCGAGAUGGACGUUGAUCGCGCCCAUUGCUGCGUUACCUGGUGGAGCACCCGGGGUGGGCGCGAGCUUGUUCUUUUCGGUGCCGAGUCUGCUUCUGCGCAGGGAGAAGAGAAUGGUCCUUACAUGAGUGGUGCUGUGGGGGGGAUUGCGCCGGAGAGCAAGCUUUGA